GUAGUUUGUAGUUCAUCAUAUGAUCAAGUGAAUUUUGUUUCAUAAGUUUGACUGUUUUCUGUUGUAUUAAUAUAUCUAUUUAUAUCUACUUUCCCCAUAGGCUUCAUAUUAAGAUGGCUUCUAAUACUGUAAGUUCCUUCCUUUCAAGCAUUUUACAGAAAUUGAACCUUAAAAUGUCUGAUAAUGGUAAAGAUGAUGAACCUCCCUGCAAGAAAUCGAAAAUAGAAAUGGAGAAGAAGAUUGGAACUCAUGGUGGUAAUUUUCACUGUGAUGAAGCUUUGGCAUGUUUUCUGUUAAAACAGUUACCAGAAUACAAAAGUGCUGAAAUUAUACGAACUAGAGAACCGAAGAUAUUAGAUACGUGUGAUAUUGUGGUAGAUGUUGGCAGUGUUUAUGAUCCAGAAAAAAAUCGAUUUGAUCAUCAUCAAAGAACAUUUAAAGAAAAUUUUAACAGUCUUGAUUCAACCAAAAAGUGGGUGACAAAACUGAGCAGUGCUGGGUUGGUCUACUUUCAUUUUGGUCGUCAAAUAAUAUCAGAUAUUCUUAAUAAACCUAAAGAAGACCCAAUAACAGAAUUAAUCUAUGAUAAAGUUUAUGAGAAUUUUGUAGAAGAGAUUGACGCUGUUGAUAAUGGUAUCAACCCAACAGACGAAACUCCCAGAUAUCGACAGACAACUGGUUUAAGUUCACGAGUUGGUGGGUUGAAUCCGGCAUGGAAUGAAAAACAAGACGAUAGAGAUAAAUGUUUUGAAAAGGCUGUAGCAUUGACAGGUUUAGAAUUUAUGGACCGUGUUAAUCAUUAUAAAAAUUCCUGGCUACCAGCACGCGACGUGGUUCUAACAGCAGUCAAUAACAGACAUAAGAUUGAUGAAAGUGGAGAAAUAAUGUGUUUUGAGAAUGGUGGUGCUCCCUGGAAGGAUCAUCUGUUCUCUAUAGAGGAGGAACUUAAUAUUGAUCCUCUUAUCAAGUAUGUUCUAUUUGCCGACCUGAGUGGACAAUGGCGUAUACAGUGUGUUCCACUACGUUUGGGUACUUUUGACAACAGAUUAACGUUACCUGAAGAAUGGUUGGGUCUACGAGGAGAAGAACUCAGUGAAAAGACUAGUAUUCCAGGCUGUGUCUUUGUACAUGCCAAUGGUUUUAUUGGAGGGGCAAACUCAUAUGAAGGGGUUCUAGAAAUGGCAAGGAAAAGUCUACAGUUACACAAACAGAAAACAAUUAGUUGAUUUAUAAUGAACAUUACAAUUACUCAUUGUUAUUUUGAGACAAACCCCAAUUAAGUUUUGUAGUCCUGUGCAUUUACAUAUUUCUGCAUUUAUGAAUUUAUGGUCAUUCAUUCAUACAAAACAUUAAAAAAUAACAAUUAUAUCACCUAAAAAUUUUA